AUUUUAGUCUAUUAAACGAAGGAAGACAUUAUCUGCAAAGUUCAUCUAAUUAUUAUUUCAUAUUUCCCUCAAUUGAUGGAAAUUUUGGUAUUGUAAAUGCAAAUUCAACAGAUAUCAAUAUAAAAUCUAAUGAAUUCAUCAAUCCGUCUAAAUUUACAUUUAAGGGAUCGGCAAUACUUGCCUUUUGAUGUUUAACAGAGCAGAAGAUAAAAAUACGUCAGAAGUUAUAAAUUCUGUAUUUGAUAUGAGAAAACUUGGUGAUAAAUUUGUUAAUGCAGAAAUAGUAACUUUUAAUGGUUUAUUUCAAGGAGGAUAUUUAAUAACUUUACGUGAUAAUCAACGUAAGACUAUUGAAGGAAUAAUACUUGAUAAUGAUGGAAAAUAUAAUGGCACUUGGGGAUUUCCACCAGGUUUGAAAUCAUCUGGUUCUUUUGGAGUGACAGCCUCCCUAAAUGGGUCACUGCGCUUAGUUACUUUCGAGAAUGAAAUGACUUUGAAAAUUUCUUUUACAACUUUACCUAAAUUUUUCUCUAAUGAUCAAGGAUAUGAGAAUCCGCAUAUUAAAUCAACUUAUCCAUCAAUUGACUCAAGUAUACCCUUAUCAAUCACAAACAUAAAUAUUACAUAUCAUUUGUCUGUAACGAUAUCAACCAACAACGUUUCAAUUUAUCAAUAUAUUAAUAAUGACGAUAUUCCUAUACUGCGUCAAUUUGUUCCGGGAAAUUCACCAUAUUUCUCGUAUAGUUCUGAUAAAAAGACAAUAAAUAUGAAAGUUUUGGAAAGUACAUUUAAUCAACCAAACUCAAAUUAUUAUAUUGUUAUUGAUGGUAAUAUGGUCAGGGAUUGGAAGUCAAAUAAUCCACUAUUAGGUGUUGUAAGAAAUCGUUGGAAAUUUAAUACAAUAAAUAUCCAAGAUAAUUUUGCAGAGGAAUCUAUUGGAAGAUUUUCUUUAACGGAAGAAGGAACAAAAUCUUUUGAGAAACUUUCAUUGGAUGGACGGAGAGGAUUUUUAUCACAAUUAAGAAUUGAUUUAGCAAAAUCAAUACCUGUCGACAUUAAUAGAUUAGAUUAUAUAAAAUGUUGUGAAUAUGAUUAUAGCCAAAAACCUCCAAGAAUUCUUUUAUCAUUACCUAUUAAAUCGACAACAAGUCCACAUGAAAGAAAUGUUGAUCAUAUUAUAAAAGACUUAGAUAUUUUGAUUAAACACAAAGAAGUAACUCCAAUUUCAUGGUUUGGUACAACAAAUAAUCUAGAAGCUAGCUUUGGAUUUCGGAGAUAUAAAAAUUUAUUGGAUGAUUUUAAAUUCCAUUUAAUUGGUAUUGUCAUUGGAAUAGUAAUUUUAGGAUUCCUUUAUUUUUAUGCCAAGAAGAAAUAUCCUUUGGGUGAAAAUAUCGUAAUAUUUAAAUUUCCUUUAAUUAUUUUAAAUUUUAUCAUGAGUAUUAUGUUUAUUUUGAAUAAUGGAAAAAAUGUUCCACAAUUAUUUAUUCCAAGCAUAAUUUUUUGCGUGAUACCAACAAUAAUUAAUUUUGUUAUGGGUGUAAUUAUAAUGCUUCAAGAAAUUAAAAAAAACAGAUAUUUCUAUGAAUGGUUUAAAAACAAUGUUGAUAUAGCAUCAUUAUUUACUAUAUUAUCUGGUGCUAACCUUGAAAUGUUAAAUAUACUUUCUUCUCAAGUUGCUGGUAUAAUGUUAUUCAAUGCUCCUCUAUCAGAAGUAAUUCAAUUUUAUAUUUUUUGGGGAAGUUUUAUUGGAUUUUUUAUUAAUGAUGUCCCCCGAUUUAUUAUUCAGGUUUUCUACAUAAAGUUAGUUGUUAAUUAUGAUAUAAUUCCUUUUCUCACUCUUUCAACAAGUUCAAUUAUUUUAGCAAAUAAUAUAAUUUCAAAAAUAUAUCAUGCAAUAAUACAUUUAUAUUCAAAAAAAAGGAAAUCUAUUAUGAUAUUACAAAAUAAAAAAAUAUCAUGUAAUCUAGCAAAUGAAAAUUCCAGUAUUACAGUUCCACGAAAAAUAAGAAAAACUGUUAAAUAAUUAUCACAAUGGUAAAUAAUAUAGGUGUAAAUAAAUUUUAAAAAAUUAAAAAAUCAAACUUUUUGAUGGGUUUUCAAAAAAUAAAUAUAUACUGCAUAUUUUUUU